AUGGCGUUUUCUCGAAUAAUUUGGUUCAUCGUGUUAGCUGUGAUAGCUGAAGCAUCCCUAUAUGACGAUGACUAUGACACGUAUACAAAGGCCUACGACUACAGGAAUGCAGAGAGUCGCACUUGCACAGAAUCAGAGUUUCGCUGCAAAACAGGAAGAUGCAUACCGCGUUCCUGGCAUUGCGACAAUGAAAAAGACUGCCCUGAUGGUUCGGACGAAGAGCCUGGCACAUGCACUUUACAAAGGCGUUGUCCGGAACACAAAUUCGUGUGCACUACUGGGCAGUGCAUACCACUGUCGUGGCAUUGUGAUGAUGUGGCCGAUUGUGUAGACGGCUCUGACGAGCAUCAAUGCGAGGGAAAGUCGUGCGGGCCCGAAGAGUUCACAUGCAGAGGGAGAGAAGGGGAGUGCGUACCGCUCACGUGGAUGUGCGACGACAAUGCUGACUGUUCGGAUGGAUCUGACGAAAAAGCAUGCAAUGAAACCUGCCGCUCCGAUGAGUUUACAUGUGGCAAUGGCAAGUGCAUUCAACUGAGAUGGGUGUGCGACGGAGACGAUGAUUGCGGAGAUGAUAGUGAUGAAACCAAGUGUCCCGCGCCAACCUGUCAACCGAAUACGCAUUUCUCUUGUGCUAAUGGACACUGUAUAUCUGCCUGGUGGCGCUGCGAUGGAACCGAGGACUGUCCUGAUGGUACUGAUGAAGUGGGCUGCGCGGCUACUCCAAAAGUUAGAUCACCGUGCAUAUCAUCAGAAUUCGAGUGCAAGGAUCGAAUGACGUGCGUCCACAAGGCGUGGGUUUGCGAUGGUGAUCGCGAUUGUCCAGAUGGUGGCGAUGAAGAUCCUCAAAGGUGCCGUGGCAACGUUACCUGCAGGCUCGACCAGUUUCAAUGCAAAGACCAUAGCUGUAUUCCAGGAGCAUUGUACUGCAAUGGAGAUAUUGAUUGUCCAGAUGGCAGUGAUGAGCAUAAUUGCACUGUUCUUAAAACUAUUUGCGAUAAAAAGACUCAGUUCGACUGUGGUGGUGGCAUGUGUAUUCCUCUCUCAAAGGUUUGUGACAAGCAUCCAGACUGUCCAAACUUCGAAGAUGAACCUAGAGAUCGAUGUGGCGAGAAUGAAUGUUCUAAGAAUAAUGGUGGAUGCACGCAAAAAUGUGUGGAUACACCUGUCGGAUACUACUGCGAUUGUGAUAAAGGAUACAAACUUGUUGACAACAGAACUUGCGAAGAUGUCGAUGAAUGCUCAGACCCCGGCGCUUGCUCUCAAAUGUGUAUCAACGAGAAAGGCACUUUUAAGUGCGAAUGUCACGCAGGAUACGCUCGUGAUCCUCGGGACCGCACGAGAUGCAAAGCUACUGAAGGACACCCAUCCCUACUGUUUGCAAGACGUUUCGAUAUUCGCAAAAUUAGCCUAGACCACCAUGAAAUGGUCGCAAUCGUCAAUGACACGAAAUCAGCUACAGCGUUGGAUUAUGUAUUUAGAACUGGAAUGAUUUUCUGGAGUGAUGUGACUGAUGAAAAAAUAUACAAGGCGCCUAUAGACGAAGGUACUCAACGUACAGUGGUGAUUGGUGAUCAGCUCAUCACAUCAGAUGGCCUUGCAGUCGACUGGAUAUAUAAUCAUUUGUACUGGACAGACACCGGCAAGAACCACAUCGAACUCUCAGACUUGCAGGGCAACAUGAGGAAGAUUUUAAUCAGAGAUCAACUUGAAGAACCGAGAGCAAUAGCGCUUAAUCCUCUUGACGGGUGGAUGUACUGGACUGAUUGGGGUCAAGUUUCGAAGAUUGAGCGUGCUGGAAUGGACGGCUCUCACCGACAAACCAUAGUGUCGUAUGACGUCAAAUGGCCGAAUGGUCUGACUCUGGAUCUUGUGCGCAAACGCGUCUAUUGGGUUGAUGCUAAAAUGAACAUGAUAUCAUCGUGUAAUUACGACGGAACAGGCCGUCGAGUGAUUCUAUAUUCAACGGACGUACUGCGUCACCCGUUCUCCAUCACCACAUUUGAAGACUGGGUAUACUGGACUGACUGGGAUAAAGCUGCGGUCUACCGUGCGAAUAAAUUUAACGGCAAAGAUAUAGAAGCAAUCACACCAACCCACAAUCUCCAAAAUCCGAUGGUUAUCCAUGUCUAUCACCCGUAUCGUCAACCUGACGGUGUAAACCACUGUGCGGCAGUCAACGGCCACUGUUCUCAUCUCUGCCUGCCUGCGCCACGCAUUGGACAAAACUCACCUCGCGUGUCGUGCGCAUGCCCCAAUGGGUUGCGACUUCUACCAGACAACCAGAUGUGUGUCGAAGACAAUGCAAUAAAACCAGAUGUGGAGGUGCAUAAUAAACCGACUAUUGGUCCAAUUAUAAACGAAGAAAAACCUGUAACCAGUGUACCAGAAACACCCAAAACAGGCACAGGAAUCUCAAGCAGCGGUCGCGAUGCCGGCAUGGUUGCAGGCGUUGUAGUGGCAGUAAUCUCUGGUGUAGUGAUAUUGGCAGCACUGAUCGCAGUGGUUAUGUACAGACAUUACGUGCACCGUAAUGUUACCUCAAUGAACUUUGAUAAUCCCGUGUACCGCAAGACUACGGAGGACCAAUUUGCGCUCGAGAAGAAUGGCUAUGCACCAGGCAGCAAGCUGUACCCUAGCACUGUGGGCGAAGAGGCCCAGGAACCUCUCAAUACGCCGGGUACAAAUGAAUUUGUAUAG